GAAUUAACCUUAGAGGGACAUUGGCAGUUACUGUGGAUAUUUUUACUUGUCAUGAGCUUUUGACAGUUAUAUGAAGACAAAACUGCUUCAACAGCCUCAUCUUCUUUUCUGCAGGUUUUAAACACCACCCUUUCAUCCAUUUCUACUAUACAAAAAUCCCCUUCACUGAGAAAACAGAAACCGAGAGAUUCGCAUAAAAUGAAACUACAUUUGGCUUUGGGUUUUCUUCUUGCUGUUUUGUUCAACCAGAACCUUCUUACUGUCCAUGUUGAAGCAGGGGAUGAUUUUGUAAGAACCCGAAGGGUUCAUUUCUUUUUGAACGGCAACCCUUACUUUGCAAACGGUUUCAAUGCCUACUGGUUGAUGUAUGUGGCCUCUGAUCCUUCUCAGAGGCCCAAAGUCUCAACUGCAUUUCGUGAAGCAGCAGCUCAUGGUCUCACUGUGGCUAGAACUUGGGCUUUCAGUGAUGGUGGUUAUAGACCAUUACAGUAUGCCCCAGGUUCCUACAAUGAACAGAUGUUUAAGGGAUUGGAUUUUGUGAUAGCUGAGGCAAGAAAGUACAGAAUCAAGCUCAUCCUCAGCUUAGCUAAUAACUAUGAAAGCUUUGGAGGAAAGAAACAAUAUGUAAACUGGGCAAGAAGCCAAGGCCAGUACCUUACUUCUGAUGAUGAUUUCUUCAGAAACCCUGUUGUUAAGGGCUACUAUAAGAAUCAUGUAAAGACUGUUCUCAACAGAUAUAAUAGCUUUACUGGAAUGCACUACAAAGAUGACCCAACAAUAAUGGCCUGGGAGCUGAUGAAUGAGCCUAGAUGUACAUCAGAUCCUUCUGGAAGAACUAUUCAGGCCUGGAUAAUGGAAAUGGCUUCUCAUGUUAAAUCCAUAGACAGAAACCACUUGCUGGAAGCUGGUUUAGAAGGAUUUUAUGGACAAUCAACUCCUCAGAAGAAGAGGCUCAAUCCUAGCUUGGAUAUUGGAACAGAUUUCAUUGCAAAUAAUCAGAUUCCUGGCAUUGAUUUUGCCACAGUCCACUCAUACCCUGACCAAUGGUUAUCCAGUUCAAGUGAACAAUAUCAGCUCUCUUUCUUGAACAACUGGCUCGAUGCACACAUCCGAGACGCGAGAAUCAUCCUCCGUAAGCCGAUACUCCUUGCCGAAUUCGGGAAAUCGUGGAAAGACCCUGGUUUCAACAUUUACCAGAGGGACCAACUGUUCAACAUCGUCUACAACAAAAUAUACUGGUCGGCUAAAACAGGAGGACCGGCAUCUGGUGGGCUGUUUUGGCAACUUCUAGCCGGAGGAAUGGAGUCUUUCAGGGAUGGAUAUGAGAUAAUAUUGAGUGAGAGGUCGUCAACAGCUAAUGUGAUUGCCCAACAAUCUCACAAGCUGGACCAAAUCCGUAAGAUAUUUACUCGAAGGAGAAAUGUGCAGCGAUGGAAGAGGGCAAGGGCCAAGAGAAGGGGUGGAUGGCAUGGUAGAAACAGGGGCGGGCACAUUGGAAACUGAAAAAAAAAUGCAGCAUUUUUACUAUUGAACUGCAGUACUGGUUUGCUUCAAGUUUGUGAGGGUUAUGGAAAAGGGUUUACUCUCUUAGUGAUGAAUGGUUUGUUCCUCCAGGAGAGUAGACUUUAGAGCUAAGCAUUGGGUAUUGUAAUUUGCGUUUCAUCAUAUAUACCAGGUCUUACUAUAUAGAACACACGAUUUGAAAAUA